AUGGCGCGCAUCACCAAUGAUCAAGUUGUGGAAUUCUCCCUUGAGGAGGUUCAAGCUACUCGAGUUCACAAGUCAAGAAUGCUCAUUGGGCGGCUGUUCUCCGAUGAUCGACUAUCCACUGCUGAGCUGAGAGAUGCGGUGAACCGACCGUGGCAGGGACAAGAUCGUAUCAUGGUACGUGAGCUGCCGCAUGGACUAUUCGAAUUCACGCUUCCUUCGGAAGCAGCCAAGUCAUGGGUUUUGCAGCGAACCCCAUGGACGAUUGCGGACAGAAUCUUACAUUUGAAGCCAUGGAUCCCUGCUGUUUCACAACGCACUUUUGAGGAAUUGGCGAUAGUCCCUUUCCGUGUCCAGUUAUGGGAGAUCCAGGAGGGUUGCUGCACGCCCCAAUUCGGGCGGAAGAUAAUCACGUCCAUGAUAGGGCGCAUUUUGGAAGCGGCUGUGUUCACUAGUGCUGACAAUACCCGGAAUUUUGUCAAAGUAAAAACACUGGUGGAUUUUUCCAAACCACUGCGAUCGCAGAUCAUGGCAACCAAUGACGAGACGGGUGGUUUUUGGAUCCGUUUGACGUAUGAGUUCCUCCCUUGUUUCUGUUUUAAAUGUGGUCGUGUGGGCCAUGCUCGUCAGACAUGUUGCUUUGAUCCCCCAACAAGGAAGGAGAGAUUUGGCCCACAUAUGUCGACUAAAGAGAUGGGGAGAAAGGUGUUCGAUGGGGACGAGACGAGGGUGCAAGCUGCCCGGAUCCCCCGCUCAGUGUGGGUUAACACGGAGCUCCAUCGGCCUCAAAGCCCAGGCGCAGACAGAGAUUUGGGUCCCCAAAAUCCUGUUACAAACAGGCCUCCCAAAAAAACAGGAACAGACGCGGCCUUGGGCCAAAAACGAGCUGGGCAAGUCAGGCAACAGGCCCGCGGGCCGGAAGAUGGUUCGGAAAGCCCACUGUGGAUGGGGUCGUCGACCAAUCCGUUUAUUACCACUGAGGAUCGGCCUUUGAGGAGCAGCCCAAAGAAAUUUCCCGUUGCAAAAGGGCCGAGACUUGCCCUGGGGAACUUGACCCGCCGUGGGAAGCCCAAGAAGAAGCAGAGGAGUCCAAUGGACAUUGACGGCCCAGUCAAGCCUCUCUUACGGGCUGGUCAACCGAAGGGGGUUAGGGCGGGGACGGGUGCUGACCCGGGCGGCAAAACGAAGGCAGGAAGGGGACCUGCUCCCUGUGAACCAGCUUCGUCGCCUGCCCCACGUCAACCAGUGGAUCCCAAGCCAAAGAAGGCGGAGGGGAAAUCGAGACCUCGCCGGCUGAUCCUUGAGGAAGAAUCGUAG